UAAAACCCCUUUUUCUCACUAACAUUUAACAGCAGCACUCAUCUCAUCAUCUCACCAACAAAUCCAAAACGCACAACCAAAGCAACAACGAUGGCGAGCAGCAAACCAACGGAAAUCGGCAGCUCCAAAAUGUUUGAAGGUUUCAAUAAACGAUACAAGCAUCAAUCCCCGACCCUCGGUUGCUCCAUGAACUUCCACAUCUAUUUCCCUCCCUCAACUUCUCCUGAUCAAAGAUUCCCUGUACUAUACUGGCUCUCUGGUCUUACUUGCAAUGAUGAAAACUUCAUUAUCAAGUCAGGUGCUCAGCGAGUUGCAUCAACUGAAGGCAUUGCUUUGAUUGUUCCAGAUACAUCUCCAAGAGGCCUAAAUGUGGAGGGGGAAGCAGACAGCUAUGAUUUUGGUGUUGGUGCUGGAUUUUAUCUUAAUGCUACUGUAGAGAAAUGGAAGAACUGGCAAAUGUAUGACUACAUAGUCAAGGAACUUCCACAACUUCUAAGUGAUAACUUCCCUCAGCUUGAUACAUCAAGGGCAUCCAUAAGUGGUCAUUCUAUGGGUGGACAUGGAGCACUUACAAUCUAUUUGAAAAACCUAGACAAAUACAAGUCAGUGUCAGCAUUUGCACCUAUUGUGAAUCCCAUUAAUUGUCCAUGGGGUCAAAAGGCAUUCACAAACUAUCUGGGUGAUGAUAAGACUGCUUGGGAGGAAUACGAUGCCACUUGCCUGAUUAAAAAGUUCAAUGAUGUUGCAGCUACCAUCAUGAUUGACCAGGGAGAUGAUGACAAGUUUUUGCAUGAGAAUCAGUUGUUGCCAAACAAGUUUGAUGAGGCAUGUAGGAAUGUGAAAGCUCCUCUUUUGUUGCGUAUGCAGCCUGGUUAUGAUCACUCCUAUUAUUUCAUAGCCUCUUUCAUUGAUGAUCACAUUCGUCAUCAUGCUCAAGCUCUUAAUCCGUCAAGGGUGGGGAACAGCAGAAUUUGAUUGAUUGGCACUACUUAUCAUCAUGGAUGCUGCUUGGAUUGCCUUUUAAUUAAAGUGUAUAACUUUUUAAACAAUGUGACUGAGAUAAGCUUCUGUUGAAUAUCAAGUUUGUCUAAAUCUA